AUGUCGCGCAACAACCCCAGUAUCGAUCCACAACUAUCCCUGGAAUUAUCCCUUGAAAAAUCGAAUGUCGGAGAAGCAACAACAGAAGUGGAGGCUGCCAAUGAUAAUCAAGUUUUGAAUACAAAUGAGGAUUAUAGACAAGCAGAAGCGGAAGCGCAUGGUCUUGAUAAUAGCAUUGGAGGAGCUUUUGGAAAUGCUUUGGGGAUCAAUUUGAUGGAUAUCUCCGAGUUGAUGCGCAACGACGAUUCUAUUCUCAACACAGAUCCUGUUCGUAAUCCCGACUCCAUUCGCGACAACGAAUUCAACAUGUCUUCAUCAGACAGCAAUAACUUCUCUGAAGAUGAGGAGACAUCGCAUUCCGAGUACAGUGACGACAAAGAUAUGGAUAUGGAAGAGACUUUGACGGGUGCCGAAGAAGUAGCGCCAUUGCUUCUUCGCUCACCUUCAUCACCGCCAUCAUACUCGCCCCCUGCAACACCGGUCUUGAAACUUCUACCAAUGUUUACUCUUAGUCCUGGCAUUUCCCCCUCAGCAAUGCCAUUUUUCGAUGAUCCAAUUCGUUACGCAACCAGGAUCAACGCCAGAAAAGUUCGCAUGCAUGAUACGCAUUUUACGCCUGCAGAAGAAACAUUAAGACAAUUGCCAGGGAGAUGGUGGCGAAGAAUUUCAAAGAUACCAUCGUCUCUCCGAAAAUGCUGGACUCCAUAUGACAUCUUUGAUGAGUAUUUGGAGAACACAUUGGUGGCUGUAAAUGAUUACGGUGCGAAGGAGGCUGCAGUCGAUACGAAAGUUGAUGCCAGUAAAUAA